GCUUGGGGACAGGUUGUUUGGCUGGACUUGGUGGCACGGCCUUGGCAGCUUUGGGAUCCAACACGGCCGGGGCUGCAGGCAAAGGACCCGGCUUCGGUUUCGGCUUUGCAGCUGGCACAGCUUUUGCAGCUGGUGCUCCUGCCGGUGCAGCAACCGGUGCGGACGCAUCGGGAGAUGGCACUUGUGNNUUCGCUGCUGCCGGAGGCGCAGGCUUUGGUGCGGCUGGGGCCGGGGCCGGUGCGGACGCAUCAGGAGGUGGCACUUGUGGCUUUGGCUUCGCUGCUGCCGGAGACACAGGCUUUGGUGCGGCCGGUUUCGCAGCCACAGGUUUCGGUGCUGCAGGCUUUGCACUGGCUGUGGGUGGGAGUGGGGUCGGGGCCGGUGUGGACGCAUCGGAAGGUGGCACUUGUGGCUUUGGUUUCGCUGCUGCCGGAGGCGCAGGCUUUGGUGCGGCUGGGGCCGGGGCCGGUGUGGACGUAUCGGGAGGUGGCGCUUGUGGCUUUGGCGACGCAGGCUUUGGUGCGGCCGGUUUCGCGGCCACAGGUUUCGGUGCUGCAGGCUUUGUGCUGGCAGGGGCCGGGGCCGGUGCGGACGCAUCAGGAGGUGGCACUUGUGGCUUUGGCUUCGCUGCUGCCGGAGACGCAGGCUUUGGUGCGGCCGGUUUCACUGCCACAGGUUUCGGCGCUGCAGGCUUUGCGCUGGCUGUGGAUGGGAGUGGGGCCGGGGCCGGUGUGGACGCAUCGGGAGGUGGCGCUUGUGGCUUUGGCUUGGCGGGUGCUACAGACUUCGCCUUGGGAGGACCUGGGGGCUUUGGAUUGGCUUUUGCAGCAGCCGGCUGCAUGCUAG